AUGCAAUUCAGCUCCUUACCGUUUUGCCGCUGGCGGCGGUUGCUUUUGCUCAAUGCGAUGACGAUGUGGCAGUGCCAAAAGCUGUGUCUCUAUUGUCCCAGCAGGGAUUUCUUCCUUUUGAUUGAUCCGUAUGAACUUGUGGAUGGCAAGCUGGACUGUUAUGUCAACUUCUACUUGCUUGAGCCUUGCUCAAUUAUUAAUGGUAGAGUUGAACGUUAG